ACGCUGUCAUAAUGAUUUGCUUACGUUACACCACAAGACAUUCAGCCUUGAGUUGUUAGAUCCCGCGCUCACUUCAGGAUUUUUCUUCGCGGUUCGAUUUACCGGGAUGGCAAGGUGGGGUGAAGGUGACCCUCGUUGGAUUGUGGAGGAAAGAGCUGACGCAAAAAAUGUCAAUAAUUGGCAUUGGACAGAAAAGAAUGCAACACAGUGGUCUAUUGAUGUUAUUAAAGAACUAUUCCAGAAUUUUUCCGUGGAAAAUGAAUCAUUUGUGUGCAAUAGUUUGUGUAUAACAAAGUGUGAGGGAGAAUCGCAUGUUAAUAACCGCAAAGGAAAGCUAAUCUUUUUCUACGAAUGGCAUAUUGAAGGUGACUGGACAGGUCAACUCAAGACUGGUGAAAAUAAAACAACUUUCAGCGGCAAAGUAGAAAUCCCUAACUUGAGCGAAGAAUACACCGUAGAUGAACUGGACAUUUCAGUCAGUUGUUCUUCGUCUACUUCGGAUGGCGAUGCAAUUAGGAAGUUUAUGCAAACGGUCGGUGCAGGGGAAAUAAAAUCCAGACUCGGCUUAUAUCUCAGGAAGCUGAAGGAAGAGUAUAGUCAGAAUCUUAUCCUCCCGACAAAGUCUCCUCUAGAAGUUACUAACUGCAAUCCUGCCUCCCCGAAUCCGCCUGCGUUAAAGCGCACCGAGCCAACUUACUGUCGACAGCCGAAAGACCUAUCGGUGAAAGAAUUGACAUUCACAGACGAGUUCUUUUGCACUCCGGAAGACUUGUACAAAGUCCUCACCACCAAGGAGCUUGUCCAGGCCUUCUCCCGAGACGAAGCCGUUGUGGAUGCAACAAUCGACGGGAAGUACUCUAUCUUCGGUGGGAAUGUUACCGGCGUCUUCACCAAACUGGUACCUGGAAAGAACAUAGGAAUGCAGUGGCGUAAACGCGAAUGGCCCGACGGACAUUUCAGUGACCUGUCUCUGGAAAUGAGCGCAUUCGACGGAGGCACCAGACUAGUGCUUAAUCAAACAGGUGUCCCGGCGUAUGACGUGGAAAAUACGACGAAUGGUUGGCGGUCGAAUUUUUUCGCCACGGUGAAGCAAACCUUCGGUUACGGCGGACGAAUGUUUUAAACUUCGCAUAGCAUUUUUGCCCCCUCCCGCUGAAUCACGCCUAUAUUUCUGUGCCCUUGACGCGAUCCCGCUGCACAUAACAUUCUUUGUGGGUUUUUGCGCCUUGGACAUGAUACUUAUAACUUAACAUAAACCGAGUGAAUGAAUAUUUCCCGUGGGCU